AUGUCAGUAGACUUUAGUGAAAACCAAUGGCGGACCAUUGAAGCUCUUUCUGAUGCUUACAUCCCAGCAAUUGAACUGUUGCAGGUUGAUAGCCUUCUUCAAGAUGUCACACCAGAGCUUCGCUCUGUUGUGGCUCAGAAGACUACAAGAGAUAAUCGAGGAUUCCGUCAAAACGUUUCAACGGCAUUGUCUCAGGCCAGCGAGUCUAAUACCCGGUUGUUCAAGUUGGUAAUUGCGAUUCUGAGCCGACGAACGCUCGCAGUUCCUAUUACCCACAGCUUUAAACUUCUUUCGGAGAUGAGCAUUGAUGAGAGAACGCAUUUUAUCAUGUCACUCAGAGAUGCAAAGAUCGCUCCCCUGAGAAGCCUCUACCGUGCUCUGCUGGAUCUCUCAAUGAUCGCUUUUUUCUACAGCGACGAGAAACUUUUAGAAGGUUUGGGAUAUAAGUUCGAUCGUGCAAACGCAGCUCGUUUCGCUGAGCAACCAUUCUGGGAAGUUCCUAUCGAGGCUGCUCCGAAGGAUCAGUCUACAUGGCGUAUUGAGACCGACGUAGUUGUCAUUGGCUCUGGUUCCACAGGAGGGGUCAUCGCGAACCGUUUAGCUAAAGAAGGAUUCCGAGUUCUGAUUUUGGAGAAAGGUGAUCAAAUCAGGCCUUCAGACUUGGGAAAAAGCGAUUUGGUGACAGACUCUCGUAUCUACGAGCUAUCAAAUAAGAUGAUGUCAACAGAUAAGUCUAUCAACAUUGUUGCUGGUAGUACUGUCGGAGGAGGCGCAGCUAUCAACUGGAGCUGCUCAUUGAGGCUACCGUUCGCUGUCAGGCGUCAAUGGGCAGCUGAUGGUGUGCCUUGGGCAACAUCCACUCUUUUCGAUGAUGCCCAAGAUUAUGUCUGGAAGAAAAUGGGUACCACUUACGAUUACGGUGAGCACUCAUUUACGAACCAGCUCAUCUUGGAUGGCUCGAAAAAGUUAGGCUACCCUGCAGCACCCACAGGUCAAAACACGGGAGCUCAUAUUCCUAAUACUGUUUUCCAGGGCUAUGGUUAUCGGUAUGGGGAGAAGGGAGGAGUUGUCAACUGGCUCUAUGAAGCCGUGCAAAAUGGUGCUAAAGUGAUUGAUCGUUGCCAGGUCGUCCGUAUUCGUCAUAACAGAGGCAAAGCAUCAGGCGUUGAGGCAGUGGUCAAUGAUGGUACCAAACUUGUCGUGAAUGCCAAGCGUGUGGUCUCUUGCUGCGGUUCUUUACAAACACCCAUUUUACUGAAACGCUCAGGCUUUAAAAAUAAAAAGAUUGGGGAUGGAUUGAAAUUACACCCCGUAACAUGUGUUUAUGGGGAUUUUGACGAAGUCGUCAAUAAGGAGUCGGAUACAAUCAUGACCAGUGUUUGUGUGGAGGACGACAAUCUCGAUGGUGAAUUCCAUGGUCCUAGGAUUGAGGCUAUUCAUCAUCUGCUGCCCUUGACGCUCAAAUUUUUGCCUUGGUAUAACGGGGAGUCUUAUCGCAAAAUAUGUGCACGCUACAAGCAUUUAUCCGCGCUUCUUAUUCUCACUCGCGAUAAAGGCGCUGGUAAAGUCAUCUACAACAAAAAUGACCCCAUGACUCCAACCAUCGAAUAUACGCCCUCAAAAUUCGAUCUUGACGCUUUGAGAAAAGGAGCGUUGACCGGUGCCAACCUGCUUUAUAUACAGGGUGCACGAAGAAUUUAUAUGCCGCAUUACUCGAUUCCAAUGUUUGAGAGCGAUAAGCCUGCAAGUGAGCGACGUUUGGCUGACGCUGAUUAUCAGGCAUGGUAUGCCAAUGCAGAAACUGUAGACUUUGAGAUCUUUAAAGUUGGCACGGGUUCAGCUCACCAGAUGGCAUCUUGCCGCAUGAGUAAUAAAGGUCCGCAGUUCGCCCCAGUUGACGAACGUGGCCGAUUAUAUGAGUGCCCUAAUGUCCACGUUGUGGACACAAGUGUCUUCCCAUCUGCAUCUGGUGUCAAUCCAAUGAUUAGUUGUAUGUCAGUCGCGCAAGUUCUUGGUGGAUUCCUUGUCGAGGAGCUUCGCAAAGAGGAAAACCGUGCACGUCUUUAA